GCCAGCCAAUCGCAGGGCGGCAGCGUUUGAGGCCAAGCCGAGCUUGCGCGUGUCAUCCGGGCCGCAGAGAGCGGCGGAGAGGAGAGACGAGACUUCCUCCGUGUCCUGUCCACGGAAACGCACAGGGGGACUCCUGCCAAGACAGCUCCAGUAGCCAAUAAAGAGACGACAUUCCCGAAGCUGAAAACCUGAAGGCGAUUCACAAUCUCACAAUAUCUGAAAGGCAGACCCCGGAGAAACCCGACGGCAUGACGGGCCACAACGCCAGCCAGCCCUGGCCCCUGUCGGGCGUGACCCUGCAGGUGCAGCAGGUGUACCCGUUCCACGACGGCUGGAACGUGGCGUGCUUCGUCAUCCUGCUCCUCUUCGUCCUGACGGUGGUGUCGCUGGCCGCGCUGGCCUUCCUGUACGAGCUGCUCGACGGCGGCUGCUGUGCCAAGGACAAGACGGCCGGCGACCUCCGCCGGGAGCCCGGGACCUUCCGCUCCGUCAUGGACAGGAUGCGGCACCGCCACGUGGAGGUGGUGUAG